GUAAGAGCAGCCUUAGUAAUUUGACAAGCAUUGAGACCACAUUCUGUGUCACCGUGACAGAAGCUGCUGCUGCCGCGCGUCCGACGGAGAGGGAAUACUGCUACUGUACCGGACUCGUUUCAUCCAACCGUUUAUAACGACAGCAGCCCCGGGCAAUGACAUUAACCUAUUGAAAGAGGAAUUACUCGAAGGAAAACGCAAAGAUGACGGUGGACUUUGAAGAAUGUAUUAAAGACUCUCCACGAUUCAGGGCUGGCAUCAAUGAGGUGGAGACGGAUGUGGUGGAGAUCGAAGCUAAACUAGAUAAGCUGGUGAAGUUAUGUAGCGGUAUGAUCGAGGCGGGCAGGGCGUACGUAAGCGCCAAUAAACUGUUUGUCACCGGCAUCAAAGACUUGUCUCAGCAGUGCAAGAAGGAAGAAAUGAUCUCUGAGUGUCUGGAGAAGUGUGGGGAGAGCCUGCAGGAGAUUGUCAACUACAACAUGAUCCUAUUUGACCAGGCCCAGAGGUCAAUCAAACAGCAACUCCACACCUUCAUCAAAGAGGACGUGCGUAAGUUCAAGGAGACGAAGAAGCAGUUUGACCGUGUGAGGGAGGACAUGGAGAUAGCCCAGGUAAAGAACGCCCAGGCCCCCAGGAACAAACCUCACGAGGUGGAGGAGGCCACUUCCUCUCUCACCCUGACCAGGAAGUGCUUCAGGCACCUGGCCCUGGACUACGUACUGCAGAUCAAUGUUCUUCAGGCUAAGAAGAAGUUUGAGAUCCUUGAUGCAAUGCUGUCGUUCAUGCGAGCCCAGUACUCCUUGUUUCAACAGGGCUAUAAAAUAUUGGAUGAGAUUGAUCCCUACAUGAAGAAACUAGCUGCAGAGCUGGAUCAGUUGGUCAUAGACUCAGCCAUGGAGAAGAGAGACCUGGAACACAAACAUGCUACCAUACAGCAGAGGACUCUGAUGGAGGACUUCUCCUAUGAUGAUAAUAAGGUGGAGUUCAACGUGGACGCUCCUAACGGAGUGGUGAUGGAAGGUUACCUGUUCAAGAGGGCCUCCAAUGCCUUCAAGACCUGGAACAGACGGUGGUUCUCCAUACAGAACAGCCAGCUGGUCUACCAGAAGCGACUUAAGGAUGCCCUGACGGUGGUGGUGGAGGACCUGAGGCUGUGUUCAGUCAAACCUUGUGAGGACGGAGAGAGGAGGUUCUGCUUCGAGGUGGUGUCCCCCACUAAGAGCUGUAUGCUCCAGGCAGAGUCAGAGAAGUUACGGCAGGCCUGGAUCCAAGCUGUACAGGCCUCCAUCGCCUCUGCAUACAGAGAGAUAUCAGACAACUACUAUAUCGAGCGUCUGGACCGGACAGCCUCCCCCUCUACCAGCAGUAUAGACUCAGCCAGCGAGCCCCGGGGGGAGAAAUGGGGGAGAGGGGGUGAGGGCAGGGGGGAGAGCAUCCUCCACCGGGUGCAGACCCUCCCGGGUAAUGAGCUGUGUUGUGACUGCUCCCAGGCUACACCAUGCUGGGCCUCCAUCAACCUGGGAGUCCUACUCUGCAUCGAGUGCUCUGGCAUACACAGGAGUCUGGGGGUUCAUUGCUCCAAGGUUCGUUCACUAACACUGGACUCCUGGGAACCAGAGCUACUCAAGUUGAUGUGUGAGCUGGGUAACAAGGUGAUUAACCACAUCUAUGAGGGAGCCUGUGAGGAACUGGGAGUGAAGAAACCUGGACCUUCCAGUCCUAGACAAGAGAAGGAGGCGUGGAUCAAGGCUAAAUAUGUGGAGAGGCGUUUCCUGAAGAAGAUGAGUGUCAGUGACUCAUUGGUGGAAGGUGAGAGGAAGUCCCGCCCCUGGAGCGUGAAGAAGUGUCAUCGCCACAACAGCUCCGUGCGAGGAGCGCCCAAAACCCGCCGGAAAUACCGACACGACCCCGGUUUGAUUUCACCAGGAAACCUCUCCGCAGCUGCAGCAGCAGCGAAGCUCCGACGUGACUCUCUGUUUUGUCCUGAUGAGAUGGACAACCUCUUCUCCUACUUCGACACUGGCAAUGGCACCCGCAGCCCUGCAGGUCUGAGCAGUGACAGUGGGCUGGGAGGCAGUACAGACGGGAGCACAGACAUACUGGUGUUUGGCUCAGUGGUCGACAGUGUCACCGAGGAGGUAGAGUGUGAGGGUGAGUCAGAAGAGGAGGAGUCUAGCGGGGAGGUGGAGAUAGAGCAGGAGGCGGGAUCAGAACCUGAGGAGCCCCUCCCCCCGGGGGCGUUGCUCUACCGGUCGUCACGGCUACACAACCUGCCACUCAUGGCCGAGGCGCUGGCGCACGGGGCAGACGUCCACUCUGCCAGCGAUGAGGAGGGAAAGACCCCGCUCAUACAGGCCGUGACAGGGGGCUCUCUGACAGCAUGUGAGUUCCUGCUGCAGAAUGGGGCUGAUGUGAACCAGAGGGACAUGGGGGGGAGAGGACCCCUCCACCACGCUACCUACCUGGGACACACAGGUCAGGUGUGUCUGUUCCUGAAGAGAGGGGCUUGUCAGACGGAGGUGGAUGAGGAAGGUCACGACCCUCUGAGCAUGGCUGUCCAGGCCGCUAACGCCGAUAUAGUUACAUUGUUGCGGUUAGCACGGAUGAACGAGGAGAUGCGCGAGGCGGAGGGUCCGUUUGGUCAGCCAGGUCAAUACCCCAGCAGCUCCCCAACUGAACAUCAGUACAGGAAAUGUAUUCAGGAGUUUAUCUGCCUCACCAUAGACUACUGUUAGGGGGCGCCACUGAGGCAGGAUGCAUCCCAAAUUGUACCUUAUUCCCUAAGUAGUGCAAUACAUUUGACCAGAGGCCUAUUGGUACCCUAUUCCCUAUGUAGUGCACUACUUUUGACCUGGGCCCACUACAAAAGUAGUGCACUACAUAGGGAAUAGGGUGAAAUUUCGAAUAUAGCUUAGCCACUACUAACUGGGCAUAUAGAGGCAUAUCAUACAGGGCAGAGUAGUAGGAUGAAGUUGCCCUUAUAUAAACUGGUCUGGAGUCAGUUUUGCUUUGUUACCGUAAUUGGUUAGGGUUAUGAUUUGUGGAGGGUAAAGCUGAUUCUAGAUCUGUGUCUAAGAGCAACGAGGCCCUACUGACCGUAGCGCAGAACAACGUUGUUUUAUCUGACCAACAAUAUGCUUCUCUUCUUCUUCUACAUCCAGAUCUUUUAACCACAUCGCUAGCUGCUUUCCACACCGUUCAUAUUAUAAACUGAGUGAAACACAGUGUAUCUGGCUGUUCCUAAUAGUCUUGUCUGUGGUUCUCACUGUCAGGCCGUUUACUCGCUACACUGCUCAACACUUCCUGCCUCUCCUGUACACCCUUAGAGAAAAACAAAGUGCUAUCCAGAACCAUUAAUGGCUCUUCGACUGUCCCCAUCAGGAGAUCCCUUUGAAGAACCCGUGUGGGUUCCGUAUAGAACCCUUUCCACAGAGGAUUCUACAUGGAAAACAAAAUAGUUCUAUCUGGAACCAAAAAAGGUUCCCCUGUGGACAUAGCUAAAGAACCCUUUUUUUCUUAGUGUAGGCUUUCCUGUCCAUGUAUUACCUUCCCUCUUCCUCCCUCUUCCUCCCUCUACCUCCCUCUUCCUCCCUCUCUUACCAGUAAGUCUUUACAAUAUUAUUCUAUAGUGUCCUUCCUAUUCAGCAUUUUACAAUAGUUUAGAACAUUAUAUUAUAGUGUUCUAUUCAGCAUUUUACAGUAGUUUAGAACAUUAUAUUAUAGUGUUCUAUUCAGCAUUUUACAGUAGUUUAGAACAUUAUAUUAUAGUGUUCUAUUCAGCAUUUUACAGUAGUUUAGAACAUUAUAUUAUAGUGUUCUAUUCAGCAUUUCACAGUAGUUUAGAACAUUAUAUUAUAGUGUUCUAUUCAGCAUUUUACAGUAGUUUAGAACAUUAUAUUAUAGUGUUCUAUUCAGCAUUUUACAGUAGUUUAGAACAUUAUAUUAUAGUGUUCUAUUCAGCAUUUUACAGUAGUUUAGAACAUUAUAUUAUAGUGUUCUAUUCAGCAUUUUACAGUAGUUUAGAACAUUAUAUUAUAGUGUUCUAUUCAGCAUUUUACAGUAGUUUAUAUUCCAGAAUUUGAUAGUACCAUAAGAAUUAACCAGUGCCCAUUGUGUUGUAAUGAAUUAGAAUCUGUUGAUUUAGAAAUAAUGGCAUGAUUACAGUAUGUCUAUAACUCUGUGUUCCUUAAAGGGUUCAAACUGGCCUGAAAAGGAAGCCUUUUGUCCUCAUGUCUUCUGUGGGAGAUCGAGGUUAGAUGUAAUUCAGUGGCUAGAUGUGCAGGGUUCCAACUGUUGGUCUACGGUGGCAUGAGGUUACAGUGGCUACAGUAACCACUGGUUACAGUAACCACUGGUUACAGUGUUAUGGAAUGGGUGUUGUUGUGGAUGCUAUAGGCAUGGUCAAGGAUGGUCCACUGCGGUAGUCUGGGAAGGUGGGGUCGUCAUGUUUCACUGUGUGUGUGUAAUGGGAAGGGACGGAUGCAGGGGCGAAGUGGUUCAAAUGUGAUGAGAAUACCGAAGGACUGAUGGAUGGAGAAAGAGACAAACGUCUGCUUUGUUGUUAUUUGUGAGUGAGGAUUAAAUGCUAUAUUAUUAUUAUUAUUGUUAUUAUUAUUAUUAUUAUUACGAUGAUAUCUUAAUGUAAAAACAACAACUUUCUCUUCCUAACAGUAAUGCGCUUUAUUUAUCGUUGCUGUCGUGGUUACGUCAUGCUCUCUCAUUUUGCUCGUUGAGUUUCUGUCUUUUUGUUUUGUAUUGGUUUAUUUAUGUUAAAAUAGGGUAGUAAAAAAAUCCGGAAUCUUCCAUACAUGAUUCCUGGAAAACCGAGGAAUUUGGGGGAAGUUAUUGGAAUGUUGUAAUCCUACGUUGAACCCGAAGGACUUGUGCAAUGAUGAUUAUUAUUACAGAAUUGAUGUGUUUCUGUAAAUUAUUUUCCUUUAUUUUUUAUCUUUCAAACUUUUCAAUAUCCUCACUUUUUUUUCUGACUGGAUAUGUUUUGGUCUGGUCUUGCGUCAUUGUGUCACACACACAUUCUGGCUUCAGGUCUAAACAAGGGUUUCAUCAACCCUGAUCUAUACCUAGAAUUACUGUACUAGACUUGUUGAAAAAUGUAAUUUAUUUGUAGACAUUCUAGUGAUUACGUGUUUCUAUAUCUAUAUUUCAAACCUUUUUGUUGAUUGCAGUACCUUCAGUGUUUACUGAUAAAGACAUCUUCUUCACGACCAUACCAGUGGUGCUUUGGUUGACUUAUGGCGACAGAGGGAGUCAGGGGCCAUUGGUAACUGUCCCUGUAGUAGUUAGGGAGAGGAAGAGCUAGUCCCAUUUAAUUAUCAUCCAAACCCAUUGUAAUUCUAUGGUUACAACUGACUGUCUUCUCCGGCCAUCAUUGCUCAAUGCUCAUUAUAUUCUGCAUGCUUUUCGGUUGUGACCAGAACGUUCUAGAACGUAUGUACGCGUUCUAGAAUAUACUCUUGGGCGUUUUUAGAAUGCUGCGUAGUUCUUGGGGGCGUUCUAGAAUGCUGUCUGCAUUCGGAGCAUGAUAGUUUCCUAUUUGUCCCCUCAUGGUGCUGUGAAGUCCUGUUAAAAAGCAUGAGCUACAGUACAGUGCAGCCACUUCCUGUGAUGUCCUAAAACAACUUCCUCCUGUGUCUUUGGUAGACCUAUGGACCUCUGUGCCAUCUCUACAUCCACUUAUGGACCAGCUAUAGCUUCACUGUUUUGUCAAUUUGAUUUCUUUUUUCUUUUUAAUGAAACAUAGAGCUGAACUGUUUUUCGUUCGCUAGCCAACCUCUGUUUGUUCCUCAACUACGUUGGCAUGAAGUCCUAAAGUAGUUCGAUUCUUUUUUUUUUUGUUCUCUGCCAAAGACUUUGGAAAAGAGAAGUGUGCAACAGUGUUGUUAGGCAUCAAUCAGUUUCAGCGAGAAUACAUAAAUACUGCGUUUAACGUCUGAUAACGUGUGGUACAGUGAAACAUAAAGGGUUCGCCAGUGUUUUUACUAAAUGCUCUAGUGAAGAUAGUCACAGAACAAUUAUUAUUUUCAUCAAUUGUUUUUUAUUUUCAGAGUGUGGAAGCAGGUGAUAUUCUGCAAGUAUUUUGAAUUCAAAGUAAAACAACAGGAGUGAUAAAGUCAAUAUAUUUGACUUUGACUGUGACUAAAUAGGGUGGUAACCUAGCCCAGCUGAAGUGGUGGGUGUUGUUUCUUACUGUUUUAACAUUGGGGUUAAAGGAUGCUUCUAAACAAACAAACAAACAUGCUGUAAAUAAAAACGCUUUUUAACAUUUUAA